UGAUUUUACAGUUCACAGAGUCCGGCAAAGUGUCUAACUGAAGAGGAGCCGAUCGAAGAGGAAGUACUUUCCAAAAUGGAAAUAUAUCAUUAAACCGAACGUUUCUUCUGCAUAGCUCGGCUAAGGGACACGCUCGCCAUGCCGGCCCAACCCCCUGUGAGGGAGCCAGAGGAGAAGAUGGGGGCAGAAGGAGAGUCCCAACUCCCUACGGCCAACGGCGACACGGAGGAGCCAAAGCGGAAUGAAACGAGAGCAGGAGGGGGAGGAGACGAGCCCAUGGAGGAAAGCAUGGAGGAGAGGGACAGCGACCUGGAUGAGACUGAAGAAGAGGAGGAGGAGGAGGAGGAGGAAGAGGAGAGUUCAGAGAUGGACGAUGAAGACUGUGAGCGGAGGAGAGGAGAGUGUCUCGAUGAAAUGAUGGAUCUGGAGAAACAGUUUCAGGAGCUGAAGGAGAAGCUGUUCCGGGAGCGGCUGAACCAGGUGAAGGUGAAGCUGGAUGAGGUGCUGACAGGAAAGGCUGGAGAGUACCGGGAGCCGCUGACGGCUCUGCAGAACAGCAUGCAGAUACGGACGCAAGUCGCCGGUGUGUACAGGGAGCUGUGUCUGCAGGUGAUCAGACACAAGCAUGAAUGUGAAGUGCAAGGAGCCAGGCAGCACCUGGAGAGUGAGCGGUCUCUGCUGUUCGAUGCCAUGAAGACAGAACUUCUGGAGAAGAUCAGAAGACUGGAGGAGGACAGACAAAACAUGGACCUCACCUCAGAGUGGAGCGAUGACAUGAGAGGGAAGAAGUGCAAACGGAGGAAUCUGCUGGGUCGCUCAGAGAGGAAGAAGAAGGUAGCGCUGGUGUCAGGCCCCUUCAUCGUCUACAUGCUGAGAGACAUCGACAUCCUUGAAGACUGGACCGCCAUCAAGAAGGCCAAAGCAGCGCUGUCGCCAAUGAAGAAAAAACUAGAAAAGCGGUGAUGAUGGAAGAUACCAAAACAUUCCCAGCCUUCUCUCCUCACUGCCUUCGACUGUUUGUUUGUUAUUUUCCGCUAUUUAAGAUCCAGUCUUGACAAAAGGACAGCUGUGUAUUUAUAGAAUGAUUUAUAACGCUGAUUAAAUUUUAAUCUUUUAUGA